CUCAUCCGGUGGUUCAAACUCUAGCCGGAAGCUGACCCGUGUUAGCUAGCAGCAGUUUCUAGUUCUGGUUCUGGUUUUGUUUGAUCUUCUUGUCUUCGUGUCUUCGUGUCGUGAUGCCGGCUGAGAAUCUGAGAUGGGAAACUUUAGAGGCUUUAAAAAACUCCCCGAAGGGAAACAUCACAUACGACCCGUUCUGGUCCGAGAGAGGAGAGCAUAUUUUAGCGGGGUGCAAAGAGGCCCUCAGCCUGUCCUCACACUCUGGGGUCAUUCUGGAGCGCCUCAGCUCGUUGCCCCUGCAGAAGUCCUGCUUUCUGAGCUCCAGCUCCGGAGGCUCCAGCCCCGGCCUCUCAGAUAAGAUCUCCACUUCGGCUUCCUCCUCAGGAUCCAUCCCCGACCUCAACGGCAGGCACGCCGCACUUUCUGCUGCCCCGCAGACUGUUAGUGAUGAGGUGAAGGAUGAAGAUCCAGAGGAAGAUAUCAGCGACGUUUCCAGUCCUGUUUCACAACCUGCCAUUUCCCUGCUGUCGCCCAAAGCCAUGGAGAUGGCGGGACGUAUUAUUAAAUUUGAGGAGGAACAGCGAGAAAAGGCCAAGCUGGCGCUCAAACUGCGGCAGGAGAUGCAGGAGAGGCUGGUGGCGGCGGUUGCGAGCUCCGAAUCGGAGCAGCUGAAACGCUUCGAGGAGUUCAUGGAGCUGAAACAGAGGCAGGAGUACCAGAUUAUGAGGGACAUGAUGGACAGAGAAACUAAAGAGAGCAUCGGGCGUCAGGAGAAGCUGAAGGAGGAGCAGCGACACAGGAUGAAGAUCAUCAACCUGCGUCUGAGGGAGGCGGAGCAGCAGCGCCUGCGUGAGGCGGAGCUCGAGCGGCAGCGGCAGGCGGACGGCAGGGAGCGGCUGCGUAACCUCAACACCAUCCAGGAGGAGAUCCUGCAGCUCAACCAGCUGCUGGAGCCGUCCACCCAGACCAAGACCGACCUCCCAGCGGCCAGCCUCAGCUCCUUCUGCACCCGCGGGAACCAGCUGUGCUCCCAGCUGUCGGAGGUGGUGCGGAAGACCGCAGAGGGAGAGUUUCCCAGCGUGGAUGACAUGACGGUGGCCGAGCGAGCCCUCCACGAGAUGAGAGCGCUGAUCCGGCUGAUGCAGGAGGAGGUCGCCAAGGCUCAAGAGAAGAAGAAGAAGGACCAAGAGGAGGAUGAGCAGCGCAGGAAGCAGGCGGAGCUGCAGGCGCAGCAGGAAGCGCAGAAGAAGGCGGUGGAGACGGCCAAAGAGAAGGCAAAGAGGAAAGGGCUGCAGAACAGCGCUGAAGAGAGCACGCUGAAAUGGUAUAAGGAGAUUCAGGAGUCGGCUGCUCAGUGUGCUCAGUCCAUCGAACAACUCAACUCCCCAAAAGAUGCCCAGACAAAGAAGCUGAAGCUGGAGCUCCAGAAAGCCGCCAGCAUCCCCGUCAGCCAGAUCUCCAGCAACUCCGGAUCGCAGCUCCGAGAAAUCUUCGACAAGAUCGACAAGCUGCUGUCGGGACGGUCGCUGGUGUCGGGGGGGAGGUCCGUCUCUACCUCCCAGCAUCCUCAGGGCCAGGACUUCGUCAGCUUCAAACUGGCUGAGAAGUUUGUGAAACAAGGAGAGGAGGAGGUGGCGGCUCACCACGAAGCCGCUUUCCCCAUCGCCGUGGUGGCCUCCGGCAUCUGGGAGCUGCACCCUCGGGUGGGCGAGCUCCUCCUCGCCCACCUGCACAAGAAAUGUCCGUACUCGGUCCCGCAUUACCCCCCGAUGAAGGACGGCACAGCUGUGGAGGAAUACCAGAGGAUUCUUGGUUACCGCGUGGACGACUCCGGGGUCGAAGGUCAGGACAGUUUCCUGAAGAGGAUGUCGGGGAUGAUCCGCCUCUACGCCGCCGUGAUCCAGCUGAGGUGGCCCUACGGCUCCAAGCAGGGGGCUGCUCCUCACGGGCUGAACCACGGCUGGCGUUGGUUGGCUCAGAUGCUCAACAUGGAGCCGCUGGCUGACAUCACGGCAACGCUGCUGUUCGACUUUCUGGAGGUUUGUGGUAACGCUCUGAUGAAGCAGUAUCAGGCCCAGUUCUGGAAACUCAUCCUAAUGCUUAAAGAGGAAUACUUCCCGAGAAUUCAAGCGGUGACCACCAGCGGAGAGAUGGGCUCAUUCAUCAGACUCAAACAGUUUCUAGACACGUCGCUGCAGAGCCGACAGAUCCGUCCGCCCAAAGGCCAGCUGAGCUCCAUGUUCUGGGGAUCCUGAUGGAGGAAGAGGAGCCGCCGCCAUGUUGGAUUUUGCUGCUGCAUGACGCCGUUUAGGACUGAGUAAAGCAGAGCGAUGCUAAUAAACUGUUUCCUUUGUGGCUGGAAGCAGACUUUAGUCAGUAAUCAGGGAGGAAACGUUGAAGCUGCUACUGGAGGAAGAUCCGCUGACGUAACGCAGCUUCUGUGGCUCAUGAACUGUACGUUUCAUUUGAUGGAUGACGACACAGUGGAGGCCACGCUCAACUACAUUUUCUGGAUGCAAUAUAGUCCAAAUUAAUUUAACAGCUUUGGAAGAAGGUUUUUCUGCCUAUUACAGCUUUAGAGUAUACUUGAUCAUUUAUGUCUUUGCAACAAAAGUCUAGCAAAGAAACAGCCGGGUUUGCUCCUUCUUACUUUACAUGACGUAAUUAUGUUUGAGAUGUAAACGUCUCGCUUCUUUCACGUUCAGGCUGAAAAGGUUCUCCAGUGUUCAGGAUCAUAACGUUGAAGCUGUUUUAACAGUUUUACUGUUAGUUUGUUAUAAUACCUGUGUAGGGGGAAAAAAGCUUUUCAUUUUACUCACUAAAUUUGGUCACACUACUGUUACUUUAAAAGUCUCUGUUCGAAUCUAAAUUGUGUCGAAUGAUUUGAACCUUUUUUUUAUGUUUUUAUGACUCCACCAUGUGGAACAAAGACUUGAGGUCUGAUGAGCUGUCGUUGAAUCAUUGUGAAUGAGGUUAUCCCAAAAUUACAAAUAUAUAUUUAAAGGGGUUUAACUGCUAAAGUGCAUUAGUCAGUGUUUUCCAAAACAUUUGCUCGUCAUGUUGAAACAGAAAUCUGAAGAUGACUCAGCGCUUUAAAGUGAAAUGAAAAUGAAAGUCAUUGUGGAGGAGCAGAGCAGAUAUAGAUUGUUAUUGUUAUACAGGUGUGUCACCAGAAUGAUUGUAAUCUUCAUCUAGAAACCAAAUGUCUGAAAUAAAACCUCUUCAGCAGUUUA